UUAUUCACUACAUUCCCUCUUACUCCUCUUUCCCACCUUAAGAUACAUGAUCCCUUAAUUCAGGCUCAGGCUGAAGAACUGACCCACUUUCUACAGAAGAUACAGGAAGGGAGAGGUGUCUGCUACCUUUUCACCCAGCAUGUGAAGAACACAGUCAAGUCUUUUGGGGGCCUUCUUAGGAACACUGGCAUUGCCUACUACCAGAGACAGAGAUUCUGUGAGCAAAUGGUACAAGGAAGCCAGCUGACAGAGAACCUUGUCAGAAAACUGGCCACAGAAAAUCACAAUGGUAAGAAAAAUGAAGACAGGCAAAAGCUACUGGCUCCCAGGCUCAGGAGGAAGGUCUUGGAGGAAGAAAUGGAUGAAGUCCUGGAGGACUCACUAGAUGAACAGCAUUUGACUCAUUCCAGCUGCCAUGUCUCCCACCAACUUCCCAGCAGCAAUGCCUUCCUCUUUGAUGCACAGGAAGACUCCUCUGCUCUGGAUAUACAAAGAUGAGAUCCAGAGCCAGCGGCAGCACCUGAAGGAAACCCUUUUCAUCAACAACUGCCUGCGAGAAAAGCUGGAACGUCAUCUCAGCAGCUUUGAUGAAGAAAAUGGAUGCACCUCUAACCUCUACAGGCAGAUCAUAGAUUCCGUUGUCCAGCUGUAUAAUGAAAACAGAGUUCUCAGAGAAGAAUACCGGAGACUCCCCCGGCUUGCCUGAAUCAAAUUUCCAGAGGUAACAACUAAUGUUGGAACUAUCAAAAGCUCUUCUCUACUUUUAACAAAGCUUAGUCACAAACAGCUCCCCAGUUGAUGAGAAAAACUGAAACAACAGAACGAUUGAAAGUCCAAAUCUGAAAACUCCAUCCCUGAGAAGCAAAUUUUACAGCCACUCCAGAUUUGUACUCCAAAUGGAUAGUUUGAUUGUAGAAAUCACAUCCCUUCAGCCUGCAAAUAUGAUAACUGCCCAAGAAACAGUGAUACCUAGAUUCAUAGAUAAUCCCCUUUCCCCCAACCUAUAUAUAACUGGAGUCAACAGCAGCUGGAGGAAAAUGGCAAGGACUUGGAAUCAAGAUUAAGUUAGAAUAACACUGCUGUAGACUGUUUAUCAGCUCUUCAGCGUAUGUCCGUUUUCCUCGAAGGAUGAGCGUUUAGAAACCUCUGACAAUAAAGUUUAUUUUACACACA